AUGAUCCGGCAGUCCUACAGCGCUAGAGCGGGGGGUGGAGGAGGCGACGGCAAGAGUUUCAGCCCAUUCUCCACCAUUGUCCCGACUGCCAAGCGAGCUGGUUUCAGCUCAAUGUCUGUUGCUAGAGCUGGCGGUGGUGGCAGCUAUGGAAGGAUCAGUAUUGGUGCUGGUGGUGGAGGUGGUUUUGGCAGUAGGAGUCUUUACAAUCUUGGGGGCACUAGGAAAAUUUCCAUUGGCAAAGGUAUCAGCCUGCGCAAUGGAUUCUGUGGUGGAGGAUUCGGUUUUGGUGGCAGAUCUGGUAGUGGUUUGGGGUUUGGAGGUGGUUCUGGGGGUGGAUUUGGUAUGGGUGGAGGGAGUGGUUUUGGUAUUGGAAAUGGAGGGAUGGGGUAUGGUUUCAGUGGGGGUCUCAGUGCAGCUAGAAAUUCUGUAGGCGGGCCUGGUGUUGGUACUAUCCAAGAAGUGACCAUUAACCAGAGCCUCCUGGCACCCCUGAAUUUGGAAAUUGAUCCACACAUCCAGCAGGUGCGAAAAGAAGAGAAGGAGCAGAUCAAGUCACUCAACAACAAAUUUGCCUCUUUCAUUGAUAAGGUCCGUUUUCUGGAACAGCAGAACAAAGUUCUGGAAACCAAGUGGACCCUCUUGCAGGAUCAAGGCUUGAAAUCUGGUGCCGGCAAGAUCAGCCUUGAUCCACUCUUUGAGGCCUACAUUAGCAAUCUAAGGAAACAGCUAAGUAGCCUCAUAAGUGAGAGGGGGAGACUGGAUGGCGAACUGAAAAAUAUGCAGGAACUUGUCGAAGACUUCAAGGCAAAAUAUCAAGAUGAAAUCAACCGGCGCACAUCUGCAGAGAAUGAAUUUGUCAUGCUCAAGAAGGAUGUGGAUGCUGUCUAUAUGAACAAAGUGGAGACGGAGGCAAAGGUGGACUCCCUGACAGAUGAACUCAACUUCCUGAGAGCCCUCUAUGAUGCGGAGAUGACUCAGUUGCAGGUCCAGAUGUCGGACACUGCUGUUAUCCUCUCAAUGGAUAACAACCGAGACCUAGACCUGAGCAGCAUCGUUGCUGAGGUGAAAGCCCAGUAUGAGGACAUUGCCAACAGGAGCCGAGCUGAAGCGGACACCUGGUACCAAACCAAGUUUGAAGAGCUCCAGGCCACUGCAGGGAAACAUGGUGAUGAUUUGCGUAAUACAAAAGGAGAGAUUUCAGAGCUCAGUCGGAUGAUCCAGAGGAUACGGGCUGAAAUUGAAAAUUCCAGGAACCAGUGUGCUAAUCUGCAGACUGCCAUUACGGAUGCUGAAGAGCGCGGAGAACUGACUGUCAAAGAUGCCAAUGCCAAGCUCCUUGAGCUGGACGAUGCUCUACAGAAAGCGAAGGAAGAGAUGACUCGCUUGUUGCGGGAGUACCAGGAGCUGAUGAAUGUCAAGCUGGCCCUGGAUAUUGAAAUUGCCACAUACAGAAAGCUGCUGGAAGGAGAGGAGAGCAGGUUCUGUGGAGAGGGUGUCAAUCCAGUGAGCAUCUCUGUUGUCAGUGCCAGCGCUGGAGGUGUUGGCAGUGGUGGAGCUGGCCUAGGAGGAGGUUAUGGCAGUCUUGGAGGAGGAGGAGGAUUUGGUAGUCUUGGUGGAGGAGGGUUUGGCCUUGGAAGUGGCUUGUGUUUUGGAGGUGGUGGCAGUAUUGUAAGCAGUGGCUUUGGAAGUGGCCUUGGCCUUGGAAGUGGUUAUGGUGGAGGACGUAGUGGUGGUAGCGGGUUAAACUUUGGAGGAAGCAAUUUCAGCUCUGGUAGUGGGAAAGGCAUUGGGUCCGGAAGCAGCUCUGGUCUGAAAAUUAUCUCUAAAACCUCCAUCACCCAAAAGACCAUCAGAAACUAAAGCCAGAAGAAUUCUCAACAACCCAAGCAAG